AUGCAACGGAAAUGGUUCGCGUGGCUCUUCACACUUCUCAUUUUACACAAUGAUUGCGUGCUCGGCGCCUAUCACUGGCGGCUCAGUGAGGAUGGGAAGAGGAUUGAGGCGGUGAACGAUUCGCCGUACAACUUGCGAAUGUCGGGAUCCCUCACGGACUUUCUGAAACAAGUGGAGAAUGUGCGGGUGAUUACGCAGCAUGUGGAUGAGAUGCAGGGGAUGUUGAAGAAGAUUUCGAAACAUGAGAAUUUGGAUAAUCCGAAAUUUGAAGAAGACUUUAGACAACAGGAGGAGGCUUGUGUAAAAUCCCGAGGAAUCAAACUCGAGCCCGACAGUUUCCACACCUCGUUCACUGCAGAGCUCUGUCCAGAAUUCCACGAGUCCUAUCAAAAGUAUACCGCAUUUGUGAAGGAGUACUUCGGGUCACCACCGGAUAACGAUAAUCGACCGCCCAGGUGUAAUUAUUGGUUUGAGGCGGUGAAGAUGAAGGGGCAGAAUAAUGUGGAUCUUGGAAAAAGUCUCAAUGACAAAGUGGGUUCUGAAGAUGAAAUGUAUCUGAAAGUGCUCGAUAUGUACUUCCCGGAUUUCGCCAAAUUCACACGUGGAUCCGAGGGGAUGUCUCGAUACGGAAAUAUGCUCUCCAGUAUGCUAUCUCAUGACGAUGAACGUGUAUCCCGGAACGCUUAUCUUCACAUGGCGGCGGCCGCCUACUGGAGGGCUCAGGGAAAAAUAUCGUAUGCGUUGACAUGCUAUGCGACUGGAAUUCAUUUUGUGAACGAUGAAACUCGAGCUCCACAGAUCGACGCGUUCCAUCCGGCUCACGCGGAGCAAACUAUCCGAUUGUCGAUAGCGACGCUAUUAAAUAGAGCUGGAUACUCGGUGGAGGCUUAUAUUAUUUUAAAGCAACUAACACCUGCUAACAUGGUAUCCUGUUACCUUGGGAUGAUGUACGCUGCCACCGCCGAUUCGUCUGUUUUAACCGGCCCAGAAACUGGAACUGACCCGGAAACAGACAAAGCGACGAUUCAUUUCAAAUUGACGCAGAAGGAGAGGAAUGGGAUAUUCAGCAAGACUUUCCAUAAUUAUGCAAAAGCGGCCAGCCAGUUUAAGGACGCCAAGCGAGAGCAAAAACAAGCCGACGGAGAGCUUCUUGAUCAAUUUUUCGAUCUAGGAGAAUCCAAAGCGUAUGUCAUCUCUUGCCACAUGAGGCUAUAUGAAGCUCUGGAACAACAAAAGGAGAACUUGGAGAAUCUUGUCAGUGAGAAGACGAAUUUCCAGAAGUCCUAUAACAAGAGAGUUGAUAUGAACACAAAAGUUGUGGCCUUGAUAGCACCUGCUGAAACUCGAGCAAAUCAGAGACUGUUCUUUGAUCAAGUCAAGUAUGGACCGCAUCCUAAGCGAAAAUGCCAACGUGUUCAAAUCAAUCGAUUCCCUGCCACCAACAACAAGUUGAAUGUAGCCUCAACGUUUGCUUGUCACUUGACAUGCACUCCUGAAGAGUACGAGACGUCGAUGGCUCCAAUGAGAGAGAAGACGUUGAGGAAUCGACCACCGCUCAAUGAGACGUCAUGGAAGGUUGCAGAGCAGUACCCGAGGAAUCGGGUGUUCGAGAAGACUCUACAAGAUAUUUCGAGGGAAAGUCAACGGGAAGGUUACUUCCGAAUGAUUAAGCCAAGAUUUUCGGAUGUGGAACUUGACGAGAAUAUCGAUCGCUAUUGGCGACGCGCGGAUUGGCCGAAUUCUUUGGAUUGUCAGGCGGUGGUGUCCUCCUCCAACCCUUUUCGAAUUAACACAUUCCCUCAAGUCUUUAUCACUCCGGAGAAUAGAGGGUGGAUAAUCUCUGAGCUGCUGACAACUCAUCUUGGCAUGUCGGCUACCGAUAGCCUUCCGUUACCAUGGUUCGAGCCACGGUGUGAUUUUGUGAAAAUGGAUGAUUUGAGAGUGUUUACAGGGUUCGAAGCAAUCGAGCGUCUCCUCAACCCCCGUUUCGAUCGAAGAUCCGAUGAGUACGCCGAGAAAACUCUGAAGACUCAAUUCGUCCGGUUAGCCGACAGAGUUGUCGAAGAGCACGAGAUGGCGGGAAGGAUUCAUUUGCUUAUGAAGCAUAGCAUCGGACCCAAAUGGGUAUCUAUGAAUCUGGCAGGACUCUAUUGGAGGGUUCAGGGUAACCCCCAUCAGGCAACUAAAUGCUUGUUAGGUGCUUUCCUUGAUAAACCCGAAGAGUCCUUCAUAGCGAUUGUCCAGCUGACUCAAGUCAUUCUGAAAUCCACUAAAAUGAUUAAUGAUGCGAAUGGAUUCUUGUCACAACAGCUGAAUCUUUUGGGUUACAAAGAACCACUCUUCCAUUAUGUCCAAGGAAGAAUGAAGCUUUUACAACAUGACGUCGACAAAGCGAUUCAACAUUUCAAGGAUGCGAUGGAUAAGGAUCCGGAUCAUGCUGUGAUUGAGGAGGAUUUGCUGAAAAUCGCAUGUAGUGGAAAGUCGACAAAACCAGCGAUCUCUUCACAGUUUCCAACUGUUUGCUGCUCACAGCAAGUGCAGAAUGCCGUUUGUAUUAGGCCCCGUAAAAACAUGGAAGAGCAAUGCUACGUCGUCGAGAAGUCCCACGUGCCCAACGCUCAACCACAUCUUGUCUACCAUCGAUGCAACGGAGUGUAUGACGGAUUCAGUAAGAAGACCGCCGAUUACGCCAACAUUGUUUCUCCAUUCCUCCUCAUCUUCAACUUCAUAACUCCCCGAAAUGACGUCACCAACUGGGUGAAUCAAGUCGACGGUAUCCAGACAGUAGAAUCCAGUGAAAUGCCACUAGACUACGGCGGCUGGAGCAAUUUCUUCACGAAUCGCCCGGCAGAGUGGUGGGAUAGUGCCACCAACGAAAUGAAGUAUAUUCUUCCAACUAAGAAAGAAAAAGAAGCAAAUCACUGGGAGGAGUCAUGGAGCUCCGAUCUUGCUCCGAUCCCUGAGAAGCCUUUGUCCUUCCUCUGGAUCCGUGAGAAGUCAAUGAUGAGACAAUACGACGCGAAACUCCCAACCGAGCUGCCCAAACCAUCUAUCCAUCAGAUUCGUCGUGGUGUCUCGAUCUUCCCUCCACCACGUGUCGCCACCAUGUCCUGUAAUGGAGUCGCCAAACCAGAGGCGAUCUUUGAGAACGCUCCAUCCACCUGGGUCUCUCUCACGGCUAAAGGAGAGGAUAUCGAAAAAUACGUGGAUUUGAGAGGCCCCAUGCCAGCGAUGGCAUCUCUCCAACCUGUGUGCCCCACUAUGGAUAAGUAUAAGAAUUCACCGAUUCUAGGGCUGGAUCAUAUCCCCGCUUUUGCGUUGAGCGAUCAGUUUUUGUUCUAUCAACCGGAGAAGGCAUUGUCUGAGGCUUUGAAAUCUCUGGGUAAUGAGAGGGAUACCAUUGAGCAUGUGGCAGCGAGACUUCACGCUGCAAUGCUUCAUAGUAAUGCUAAAGACGGUCACGUCUCCUGGGUGUUGUGCGUUCUCUCGUCCCUCUAUUGGCGUGUCACUGGAAACGCUGAAAACGCGAUGGGAUGCCUCCGAUGUGCUCUCCACACGGCGCCACCGCAUAUGAGAGAUGUCGCUUUGGUGUCCCUGGCUAACAUCUGUCAUCAAGCGGGUCUUCUGAAUUCUGCGUUGAUCUCUGCUGGAGCGGCGUUGAGCGCGUCGCCAAGACUCGUCGCUAUUCAUUUUACGUUGGGCAAUAUUUAUGCGUCGAUUGGAGAUUAUCAGCGGGCACUAAACUUCUAUUACUCCACGCUGUCUUUGCAGUCAAAUUUCCAACCAGCGAAGGACAGAAUCCGCACUAUUUAUUGUCAUGCUAGUCAGGAAUUUGAAUUCUGA